CCUCUAGACCCCUCUAGAUCCCUGCACUUCCUUAGCCAAUCGAUAGCAGCUGAACAUUUACUCAAUGAGGAUUCAAGCCUGUAGGUGGCAUCUAGUAAGCGUAUUGAACUGAACUGAACCCGUUGCCGGUAAAGGCGCAAUCAUAAGAAGGGCAACGAUCCUUCAAGUAGCAGGACUGUAUCACUCCUUCAAGUCAUUCACAAGCUGCCAAAAUCAAAUGUGCUGGAGCCCUCAGUUGAUACACUGAUUUAGCUUGUCUGCUGGAACCAGAAAUCAUCACCAGUCUUCCGUGAUGUGCUUCAUUGAAGACCCGGCUCCGGUGUACUUCUCCAAAUGCAGGCAUACCGUCCCCAUCCCUGAACAGCCAACACCUCGGAUGUGCGCCGAAGCGCAACAGCGAUCACCCCCAUCAUGGUGUCCUGAUCCUCCAAGGUCUACUUCCAAGGCAUCAAGCACGAACCGUAUAUAUCUCUGUCCAAAUUGCCGACUGAAAUGAUGGUUCUGUGUAUAAUUUUGGUGUACUGGGUUUGGUGGUGCAGAUACAGGCUCGGCGUCGAUACGCGUGCUGUUCAAAGUGUUGUUACAAGGAAUAAUUGCGAGAGUGAGCAGUUCGAAAUCUUGUUUAUACCGUCUAACCUCUCAACGAGACGGUUCUUCGCCAGCUUAGUAAGGAAACUCAGCGUACGCUGGUUGCAGAUGCAGCACCUGUGCCAUACCAUUUUCUAUUUCUACUAGGACUCUCGGACUAGACCAUAAUGCGUAAGGCUUCAGAAAAAUGAUCGCCUGGAUGUGUGACCGAAGCACA